ACGUUUUAUUAUCUUUUCAGGUAAAAACUGCAGAUCCACAUCUUUCAGAUGAAAACCAAGCAAGCAAAUCCUAUGAAGCAAAAGCUUAUUCAUCAUUAAGUCAGAGUUAUCUAUAUAUUGACUGGGCUUCAAACCACAAAAUAGUAGAAGUAGGGGAUUUCAUAAAUAUUAAUGUAUAUCCACAUAGUCAGUAUGUUAAUAAAAUACAUCAGUACAGCUAUUUGAUCAUCUCAAAAGGGAAGAUAGUAAGCUUUGGAACUCAGAAGAGAAUUAAGGAUUUGGAAUAUGAACAUCUAACUUUUCAGAUAACCCAAGAAAUGGUUCCUUCAGCACGUCUUAUUGUUUACUACAUAGUCAUGGGAGAAGAAACUGCUGAGUUAGUAGCUGAUUCAGUUUGGCUGAAUGUGGAACAGAAGUGUGGGAAUAGUCUUGAUCUUAAGCUGCAAUCAAGCAAAGAGAUACUGAAUCCAGCAGAAGUUGUAUCGCUGAACAUGAAAACACAAUUCAGUUCCUUUGUUGCUUUGUCAUCUAUUGACAAGGCAGUAUAUGGAGUCACAGGAAGAGGAAAGAGAGCAAUGGAAAAAAUAAUGCUACAUUUGGAAAAGAGUGACCUUGGGUGUGGCGCUGGAGGAGGACGGAACAACGUUGAUGUCUUCCGAAUGGCUGGGCUUACAUUUUUAACUAAUGCAAAUGCUGAUGAUUCAAAUGAAGCAGGUGAAACUUGCAAUGAAGUUUUAAGAACCAAACGUUCUGACUUCAAGGAGCGGAUACUCAAAGAAGCAUCCAAAUACGUACAUCCAGAAAUUCGGAAAUGCUGCAUGGCUGGAGUAAAAGCAUAUCCAGUCUCUGAGACUUGCAGCGAUAGAGCUCAGCGAAUUCGGAGUAGCGAAAAGUGCAUUUCUGCAUUCAGAGAUUGCUGUGAAUUUGCAAACAGACUGAGGGAGGAGGAGCCUAAUAAGCUUCUAAUAUUGGCAAGAAUGCAUUUUGAGGCUUUCUUGGAACUAGAUGAGGCAGAAGUUCGUAGCUACUUCCCUGAAAGCUGGUUAUGGGAAGUUCACCAAGUUUCCCCAAGGUCAAAGACUCUGUCUGUCACCUUGCCUGAUUCGCUGACCACGUGGGAAAUACAAGGUGUUGGCAUUUCUGAUAAAGGUAUAUGUGUUGCUGCGCCAUUGGAAGUGCAAGUUGUAAAAGAUCUCUUCCUGAGCGUUUAUGUUCCUUAUUCUGUGGUGCGAGGGGAACAAAUAGAGUUAAAAGGAUCAGUUUAUAACCAUAGAGCCACGGCAAUUAAGUUCUGUGUUAAAAUAGCAGCUGGAAACGGAAUCUGUUCUUUUGGAGAUUCUGCAACUACUGGAUCGAGGAUGCGCCAUUGUAAUUUUAAGAAUCUAGAUGCUGGUUCUUCAUCACCAGUUACGUUCAGAAUACUUCCUUUGGAAUUAGGACUGCACACUGUCAACUUCACGUUGCUGACGGCCAGGAACAGUGAAACUGUAGUUAAAACAUUACGCGUGAUGCCAGAAGGCAUUAAGAAAGAACUCCAUGCAGGUUUCACUUUGGAUCCACAGGGUGUUUAUGGUUCAAUCAAGAGACGCCAAGAAUUUCGAUAUAAAAUCCCACUCAAUCUGGUUCCUAAAACAAAAAUUGAUAGAAGUGUCAGUGUAAAAGGACAUCUUAUGGGUGAAGCGAUUGCCACAGUCCUCAGUCCUAGUGGUCUUAGUCUUCUUACUGAUCUGCCAAAGGGCAGUGCAGAGGCAGAGUUUAUGAGUAUUGCCCCAGUGUUUUAUGUGUUUCGCUACUUGGAAGAGUCAAAUAACUGGCAUUUGCUAGGUCCUGAAACCUUAACUUCAAGAACUCAAAUGAGGAGGAAGAUGAAAGAAGGAAUUGUAAGCAUCUUGUCAUUCAGAAAUUCUGACUUCUCAUAUAGCAUGUGGAAGAACGGGCAAGCUAGCACGUGGUUGACAGCUUUUGCUUUAAGGAUUCUCGGACAAGUUAAUCAAUAUAUAAAUCUUGAUCAAAUUUCUAUUUGUAAUUCCCUUCUAUGGUUGAUUGAUGACUGUCAAAUGCCAGAUGGGUCAUUCAGUGAAUUUUCAAAUUACCAACCAGUGAAACUACAGGGUACAUUGCCUAGAGAAGCUAAAGAAAAAUCUUUGUAUCUCACAGCAUUUUCUAUUAUUGGAAUUGAAAAGUCAAUUAAAAUAUGUCCUACUCAGAAAAUCCAUGAUGCUAAAAAUAAAGCAGGCGAUUAUCUGAUGAAAAAUGUGCAGUCUGCUCAAAGCCCCUUUACCAUGGCAAUAACUUCAUAUGCUUUAGCUCUUGUGGAUUUGAACCACCAGUCUGCACGAUCGGCGUUCUCUGCACUGAAGAAGGAAGCAUCUGUCAUAGGUGACCCUCCUAUUUAUCGUUUUUGGAAAGAUACUUUCAAAACUGUAGACCAACACACUCCCAACUCUGUUACUGCACAAAUGGUUGAAACUACAGCAUAUGCCUUGCUUACCACUUUGCUAAGAGGGGACAAAGACUAUGCUAAUCCAAUCAUCAAAUGGUUGUCUGAAGAACAAAGAUAUGGUGGAGGAUUUUAUUCAACUCAGGACACAAUUAAUGCCCUUGAGGCCUUGACUGAAUAUUCCCUUCUUGUGAAGCGGCUGGAUUUGGACAUGAAUGUUAAGAUAGCAUACAAAAACCAUGGAGACCUUAAUCUAUUUAAACUGACAGAAGAUAAUUUCGUGGGAAGAACUAUGACAGUACCUUUGGAUGAUGACAUAUAUGUAAGCACUGGAAGCAGCAGCGGCAUAGCUACAGUAAAUGUGAGGACAGUAUAUAGUACAAUCGGUACUUCUGAAGAGUCAUGCAACUUUGAAUUGAAGAUUGUUCCAAAGAGAGAUGAUGGUUACACAAAAGAAGAUGGUGAGCCACUCGGGCGCUUAGAGGCUUGUGCAAAGUACAGGCCCAGUGUGAGAGAGCCACAAUCAGGGUCUGCUCAUGCCGUGAUGGACAUAGGUUUGGUUAGUGGACUGGAUGCAAAUACAGAAGACUUAUCUACUCUUGCAAGUGGAGUUGAUCAGUUGAUAGCAGACUAUGAGAUAAAAGAUGGGCAUGUUAUUCUGCAGAUAGACUCUGUGCCAGCUAAUAAUUUCCUCUGUGUUGGGUUCCGAAUAAGUGAGCUUUUCCGGGUUGGAAUGCUAAAUCCUGCCACGUUCACUGUAUAUGAAUAUCAUGCACCAGAUAAAAGAUGCACUAUAUUUUAUAACCCCUAUGGAAAUGAGAAACUUGUGAGAUUGUGUGAAGGAGAUGAAUGCAAAUGCAUGGAAGCUGAGUGUAGUAACAUGAAAGAGAGACUAGAUGGGUCAAUAACGGCUGAUACCAGGAGAAAAGCUGCGUGCCGGAAUGAUGUUGCGUAUGUUUAUAAAGUGAACAUCUUGUCUCGCAGUGAAGAAGGUUAUUUUGUAAAGUAUUCUGCAGCUCUUCUGGAUCUCUAUAAAAGAGGGCAGGCUUUUGCUCAAAAAAAUAAUGAAAUAACCUUUGUUAAAAAGAAGACCUGUACGGAUGUUGAAUUGAGCCCAGGAGAGCAGUAUUUGAUCAUGGGAAAAGAAGCCUUAAAGAUAAGCAUUGGUUACAAUUUCAAAUUCCAGUACCCUUUGGACUCUAGCACUUGGAUUGAGUGGUGGCCUUCAAAUACAGCAUGUACAUUUUGUCAGGAGUUUUUAAAUACAAUGGAAGAUUUUGCUGAAGAUCUCCUCAUCAGUGGCUGUUGA